CAGUAGUAGAUUUAUUAUGUAGAACUCCAAGUUUGUUUUCCACGCAUAUUAUAGUUUAAAAGUUGUAAUCAGUGAUUUUACUAAGCUCUGUCUGUAGAUGGCGCAGCAGAAGUCGAUACUAGACAGAUAUUUAACGUUUACUAGCUCUUCUUCAGGAGCAAAUGGUGACGUUGAUGCACACGCGCCUACAGCAGCAGAAGUAGGAGUAGAGGCAGGAGGAAGCAACGUCCGGGUCGUGACUUUCAACGGUGACGGGGCUGAGAGAGGAACUACUUUGAUGAAGUACACAAAGGUAGUGCGCAUGGUCAGAGACUACACCCUCUGCCUCCGCUUCAAUGUUCACCUCUUCCGCAUCCUCAACGCCGUCAUCUACUUCCUGACGGCGACGAACUACGAUGAAGACCCUAUCUCCUUCGAGGUGUACUUUGAGAAGAUCCGCACCAAGUUCGGAGGUCGAGGCCGGUUUUACCCGCUACCAGCGAACCUGGGUACCAAUAAAUGGUAUCACUACUGCCAGGUACGAGACAUGACAGGAGGUGAGGGGCGCGUCUACCUGGACGGGGAACUCAUCGUCAGGGAGAAAGUAAACUUCUUGGCGGACCCCAAACCCAGGGAUGUUGUCAUCGGCCAGGAUCAGUUCAAGGAGAAAUACCAGUCUCAGUAUUCAUACAGCGGGAAGCUGAGUCAAGUUAAUGUGUGGGGUCGAGUCCUCAGCCAAGAGCAAAUCCAGAGUGUGUCUCGGUGUGAGGUCGACCUUGAAGGUGACGUGUUAGCCUGGUCCAACCCCUGGGAAGUACAGCACGUGCAAGAGCAGGUGGUGGCGUUGAGAGAGCUGUGUGGCUCUGUCUCCCGAGGACGCCUAGUGGUGCCACUGCCACUCUUGAGGUACCAUGACGCCGUCUACGUCUGCAAGGGUCUGAGAGGCGCCAUCCACGACCCUGCGACACCGGACGGAAUGCUCAAGGAGUUCGAAUACCUGAAAGGCAUCGGCGGUUGUGAGAGGCAGUGGUCAGCCGUGACUGACGAGGGCCAUGAAAACCUGUGGUACAACCCUUUCACCAAUGCUUAUUUCAACAACAGCCAGCUGUUCUUCCGCAUCAACAACCCAGAUGGCGACAAGUACCAGAACUGCAACCGUUUGCGUUGGGAAGGAUUGGAGGACACCAGCUGCGACCAGCACAGCUGCGCCGCCUGUCACAUACCAGCUGACUCCACCUGGACGCUCAGGGGCAUCUGUGAGGACGAGGAGAGGAUGUUCUACUUCAACCUGGAGGCGAGGCCCCUGGGAUUCUUCGGCUUCGGCGAGUAUGCAGUGGAGAAGAUGGAUGAUGGAGGGUGGAUGUGGUACAACACUGUCACCAACACUACCAUGGCCAUCCUUCCCCACCACCACAGCAACACCAGCGUCGCCGUCAGUACCACUGCUGCUCUCGCUCGCUACACGUACCCCAUGGGCAGGCUCACCUGGGAGACUAAAAUGGAGGUGUGUGGCCAGGCACCAGGUCCCAGGGUGUUAACACUCUCCCCCUGCACCACGUCCGAAUUCACUUGUUCUGACGGAGUCUGUAUCCCCUUCGCCCGGCGCUGCGAUCUCAGGUUCGACUGCGAGGACAAAACAGACGAGAGCCUUUGCGACAUCAUCAACUACCCAGCGGACUACAGGUCCAGAUUACCACCUAGACCUGCAAGCGACCUUGCCCUGGCUAUCUCAGUGAGUGUGACGAUGGAUACUCUCAACGUGGACACCACUAACAUGUUGCUCUCUGUUACUUACAACCUCCGCCUCACAUGGUAUGACAACAGACUCACCUACAACAACCUCAAGAAACUCACCAGACUCAACUCAGUAUCUCAAGAACAGGCGGAGAUGCUCUGGAGACCUACUCUUAGCUUCCUUAACACAGACAACAUCCAGAACACAGCCGUGGACUCAGACGCAGUCACCACUGUCAUUAUGGAAGAUGAAAACAAUGUGCCUGACCUUUCCAAUCCUUACGAAGUUGAAAUUUACCAGGGGGAUACUAACCCAGUGUCAACAACCCGCAAGUACCACACGGUGUUCACUUGUUUCUUCGACCUCGUCCUCUAUCCGUUCGACAUCCAGAAGUGUGACAUGCAGUUCCAGAUUCUCUCAGCAUCCUCCGAAUACCUAAUCUUCAAUCUCUCAGGUUCGAGCGUGGAGUACAUGGGACCGAAGCUGCUUGUCGAGUACAGGAUAGGCAAGAUCAACCUGGACGUGAACAACGCCACCCAGUACAGUGGCUCCCGCGUUCGCGUGGAACUAAUCCGACGCUAUGGCUACGCAAUACUCAACAUCUAUGUUCCCUCCUUCACCCUCCUUAUCAUCAGUUACCUCACCCUCUUCUUCAGGGCGCCCAUCUUCGAGGUUCGUCUGAACACGGCUCUCACCUCCCUACUGGUGCUGGCCACCUUGUUCACCCAAGUCUCCGCCUCCCUGCCCAAGACCUCCUACUUCAAGAUGGUUGACGUGUGGCUGCUCUUCUGCAUUCUCCUCAACUUCCUCAUCAUCAUCUGGCACACCGUCAUCGACCUCGUCAUAGACUACGGCGACGGUUUCAGUGGCGUCUCCGGCUCCUCCCCCUACGGUGACGUCUCAAAGACCUGGGCUCACCCGCCGCCGCCGAAGGAGGCGGCACGUCACAUCGAAGUCACACAAGUCAGGCCUAUGCAAACUGGCGGAACACCAGAUUCUGGUAAAGGGAAGACUUUUCUCUCCGCCUUGCGACUUCCAGCAACGAAUUUUGACUUUCAUUUCUACAUUAAAACAUCGAAAAUCACCACCUCAGCCAUCUGUCUGGUGUUCAACUUGAUUUACUGGGGAACUCUCAGCGCAGGCUCCGGACUCAUGUACUACACUUAAGAUUAAUCCUCACCUCAGUCUGACUGGCUGCGAGAGUAACGCGUCCGUCUAGCGAUUAGCGGACAGAGGCUCGAAAAUCCACUACUAUUUGCGUUGCAUGGUCCACAGAGGUUUAACGCUUCGUAUAAAUAUAGGACUGCAUCUUAUGUUUGUAUAGUUGUGUGGAGCGCUAGAGCUGCGUGGAUCAGUGAACGCAAAGGAUAUACAGACUUGUACCACCGUCUACAAAUCGCAAAGAGCAUAAUUGCUAGUACAGCAGACCGCUCCUGAUUACACUAGUGAUGUUCAACAGCACCUGAUCAGCAACUGCAGCAAUGUAAACAACAGAAGCUACAGCAGCACGAACAGCAGCAACUGCAGUCAUAUGAAUGCUU